UCCCUCCACCCCUCCUUCUCUCCCCCCCUCUCUAACUCUCCCAUCAGCACUCACCCCCUCUAUUAAGUUUCAAGCUUCUCUUACUCCUGAACUGAACAACACACCAAACAGGACUGGACGUAAAACAGACAACAACUCUCCUGGUUCUCACCUCCAUAGCCAUCCCAUUUUAUAGUUUCCCAAAUGUAUCCGCCCACUACUUCAUUCUAGCUCCAUUCAUCUCUCUUUUUGUCUUAUAUCAUCAUUCAGCCCACUUAUUCUUACUUGAUCUUUUGUUUACUCUGACUGUUUUCACUCAGUUUUCCCUUCAACCACAAUACAUUGGAAUCGCUGAGUCUCCUGGUUUUCUUUUUUUUUUUUUUUUCAUAUUUCCAAAUCUACCCCUCUCCUCGAAUUCCCUCCAUUUUUUCUUCAAUUAUCUGCCCCUCCAAUCACAUACCAAAGUGCUCCAUCCUUCCCCCCUGGUCUACCUCAAUCCUGACUAUUUAAUUACAGCAUGUGGUCCAACUUCUUCGUCCAGCAGGAUGAGGAGGGCCGCAUUGGGGUGGCAGGGGCUGGACAAGCCGGCGGUUUGGGAGGAAUAAAAGGUGCAAGAGGACAGAGGAGGGUCCACAGGAUGAGCGACAGCCAGGAAGGGAAGAUCAAGCUGGCUUUCUUUGUGUCUAUCAUCGGCGUGACCCUGACAGUGUUGGGCAUGGGGACAGAGUUUUGGGUGGAGCUGGCCCAAUCAAAGAAUUUUAGUGGCAACCAGACCUGCCAGAUGGCCCAUUAUGGCCUGUGGAAGGGCUGCAUCCGCACCCUGUGGGUGGCUGACAUAGACCCGGAGAGGACGAGCUGCGGCCCAGCUGAGCUACCUGGAGAAUCCAACUGCACCUACUUCAAAUUCUUUACCUCUGGGGAGAAUGCAGUCAUAUUUAAGAAGACAACAAAUAAGACUCUGAAUCUAGCGGCAGCUAUCCUGGCCCUUUUGAGUCUGACCAUGAUGGCGAUGGGCUCGAUCUGUAUCGCCAUGUCCCUCAGCAAGGGAGUGCCCUUCUUUCUCAAACCGGCCUCCUUCUGCUUCAUCGUGUCAGGUGUACUAGUUCUCUUCUCAGUCCUGGUAUUCCAUCAGUCCGUGCUGGCCUUGCUGUCCAGCGAUCACACUGUUACUUUACACCACGAGCUCUCCUGGUCUGUGGCCUGUGUGGGCUCUGCAGGAGGAAUACUUAUUCUCGGAGGUUUCCUCUUCAUGCUCCUCUCUCUUCCUUUCAGCCCCUGGCAGAAGUGCUUUCCACACAAGAAUGGUGCUACCUAGCACUCGUAUGCUAAAAUAGUAUUUUUGAUGUCUUCAGAGCAAGUGGAAAAGUCUGUAUCCUGAGGGCUGUGACUACUUGCUCUUGGCAUUUAGUUUGUCAGAGGAGUCUUAAUAUGUCUUAAACAAAUGUUUGAUGAGAAAUCAGCAACACACAACAAAACCUUUGGAUUAUUAUAAGUUUUUAUUUUUAUUUUGUUUUAGUAUAUUUUUUUUUAGUAAAAAUAGAGUGAUUGAGCCAAAGGGAUGCUGCUGAUUUUGAGUUUUGUAUUGUGUUUACUAAGUGCGUAAUGCGUCACAAAUAGGCUUGGUAGACCGCUGUACAGUCAUGCAUACAUCUAUCAUUUUUGCUCGCAUAAAGACAGCGCAUUAAGUCAGAUUAGUAUGGGAGCCCGUUUCUGCCAAGAAUGAAAAAAGAAAAAUAAUCAACAUGACAAAUCAAUUACCAAAAUGUUUUGUUUUUCCAUGUCCUCUGAAAAGGUCAAAGUGUCUGUUCUCUGAUUUGAUGGUAUCAGGAGCACAUUUGUCUGUGAUUUUCAAAACUUUCAAACCAGUGGUGAAGAUUAAAUAUUGACUUGGACAAAUGCUAAAAUGUUUUAUAUAUUUCAACAGCAUGGUUUGGUUUACUAAGAUACAGUAAGUAAACUAAGGUUUACUGUCAUGGUUGCUUAUGUAACGAUAACAAACAGGUUAGUGAGUUGUAUGUAGGAACGUGGAACACAUUAUGAUGACUUUAAAGGUCUAUGAACACUCAAUCUCCCUUUUUUUGGAUCCGUAAUCCGGAAAAAAACAAAACGUUACGCACAGACACCUUGCACACUGAGUCUGAUGCGCUUAGUUUUCUCUUAAUUGUGAAAAUUCGCAGUAUGAGACAAAAUGUCUGGUACUCAUCAUGCAGAGUGAUCAAGCGGUGAAGAUGAUUUA